CAGUGACGGGAAAGACUCGACCAGGCCCAGUGUCCGCAAUCGCCGUCGCCUUCCGCGUGAAAUACCAGUCCAGAGUUCGUGUCGCGUGUUUGGCGUAGUGUGGUGAGUCGACAGCCUCGAUUCCCCCGCUCAGGACCAAGUAUGCGCGCGUUCUGGCGGAGAGAUGGCCCUGUAACGUUUAAUACAGGGGCCAGGACAACAAUAGUGCUGCUGAGCAUUACAGGAAGCGAAGCGCAGCGACUCGUCGGGCAUGAAAGCCGACGCCUGGCAGAGUCCUCGGACAGCUACAACUUCAUGUUUUACUUCGUGAUAGGCGCGAUGAUGCUCACAUGCCUUAUCUACAACAUUUUCUUUAAACAUAAGAUGGAGGCCAACUUCCUCCGUCAACAGGCACUACCCGAGACUAUGCUACGACAGGACGUGAUCGCUAGCGACCAAGACAUGAACAAUCUGUGGGAGUGCGAAGUCUGCUCCUUCAAGAGCUACGACGCGCACAACACCUGCAUGCUCUGUGGUACAGACCGCUCCUUCAAGCUGAUUGAGAAGACAACCAGAGCAGUCGACGAGUCCGCCAGCGAGCAUAGCAACGCGCCGUCCUCGUCCUCGUCCAGUACCAAGUACGUUCUGUACAUGGAGGAGAAGGAGAACCCGCUCACUCGCAGCGCAGUCAACAGAGCGACCCCGUCGCGGCCCAUCAGGUCCACAUCAACGGCCAAAAUUAACAGGGAAUUCUUCAAACGGAAGCUCAGUGUGCUCAAUCUACGACAACAAUCAGCACGGCGUCGACACGAAUGGUCUCGUCAACGCAACGACGACGGAGAGUUGAUCUGGGUCAGGAAGAAGCACUAUAUGGACCGCAAGGCGCUCAAAAGUCUGCGCAACCUCGACAAUCUACGCAGCCAGUCGUCUACGUCCUUACGUGACUCAAUUAUCUCGAACGGGAGCGUCAACUCGGUCGGAAUCGUGUCUAAAAUUGUCGUGUCGCCCAAGAACCCGACGGGAAGACUGUCUCUUGAGACAGCAGAUGGAGCACUGGCGACGCGCGGCUCGGACAGCUCGGAGAUCUCCCAGGAUGAACUACAACAGGUCGGAUCGCUGCCUUUUCAGCAGAAACACGCGUGGUUUGUCCAGCAUACAGCAGCGAUGGAAGUUCCCUGGGAAUACGGACACUUACUGCUGGAAAUUGAACGGGACAAUCUGCUCCACAACUCGUGCGAGCAGCUGCUUUGGGCGACACCAGAUCAGCUUCAUCAAUCGCUGCGAAUCAAGUUCGCGAACGAACCAGGUGUGGACGCUGGUGGACUUGUACGCGAGUGGUUUACACUGAUGACGAAGGAGGUUUUCGACGACUCGACUGGCCUGUUCUACAGAUGCGGAAACGGAGAUGGCCUCAUGAUCAACCCUGCAUCUGCUGAAGCCAGUGUCGACCACCUGAUGUACUACCAAGCGAUCGGUCGAUUUAUCGGAAGAGCUCUGUUCGAAGGUAUUCUCAUCGACGCACACUUAGCGCUGCCAGUGUGUAAACAUAUUCUCGGGAUUCCUAUCACGUUUUCGGACCUCGAAUUCGUGGACGACGACUUGUACAAGAACUUGAAGUGGCUGAGAGACAACACUGGCGUCGAAUCGUUGGCUCUGGACUUCACGGUGAAUGUUGACCAAAUGUCGGACAAAUCGAAGGUGGUGGACUUGGUACCAAACGGCUCGAAUAUCCCCGUCACAGAUGACAACAAGAUGGAGUAUAUUACCCUGCGCUUUAAGUGGAUCGUGGCAACCAGCAUCUCGCAGCAGCUUGGGUCGCUGAUGCAAGGUCUAUUCUCGAUUAUUCCCAAGGAGCUGAUCUCGGUCUUUGACCAUCAGGAGCUGGAACUUUUGAUUUGUGGAAUCCCCGACAUCGACGUGAUGGACUGGAAGACUCACACUAUUUAUGUGGGGGAGCGAGACGAGCGAGCGAUCGCCUGGUUCUGGAAUAUCGUACGUGAAUUCUCGAACGAGCAGAAGGCGCGUUUGCUGCAGUUCACGACUGGCUCGGCUCGCGUGCCAGUGCAAGGCUUCAAGGCGCUGACUAUGAAUGACGGACGCAUCUGUCCGUUCGCGAUCCAGUGCGUCAGUGCCGACGAGUGUCUGUAUCCGCGAGCGCACACGUGCUUCAAUCGCAUCGACUUGCCCCGGUAUGACACGAUAAAGGACUUGCGAAUCGCGUUAUCCCUCGUGAUCCAAAUGGAAGUAACCGGUUUUACGAUCGAGUAAGCUGGUAGAAAUUGUGUAUUUACUGAAGCAGAGCGCGUCUUUAAAGAAAAGUAAU